AAUUUCCUGGUGCUAAAUAUAAUCACUCUAUGCUCUAACUUCCGCUCUUCAAACUACUCUUCAUCCCUGAACCAAUUCCAUCUAAUCUUUCACUUGAGUUCAAGAAGCACUCUUCUUCAUUCUUCUAUUUGCAUUUACUUCCUUUGAUCUUUUCCGAAUUUCCUUAUCAAAGCAAAAAAAAAAAAAAAUGGCUGAGGCUUUGGUGGGUGGAGCCUUUCUCUCUGCUUCCCUCCAAGUUAUUUUCGACAGGAUGGCUUCCCGUGAGGUUUUGGACUUCAUUAGAGGAAAGAAACUUGAAAAUGGCCUUCUUAAGAAACUGAAGCCAACGCUCAUGUCUGUUAAUGCAGUGCUGGAUGAUGCUGAAAAUAAGCAGAUUACCAACCCGACUGUCAGAAGCUGGAUUGAUGAGCUCAAAAAUGCUGUGUAUGAUGCGGAGGACCUACUCGAUGAGAUCGAUGCUAAAGCUCUUCGAAACAGGAUGGAUCAAACUAGUACUGUAAAGCAAGUAAGAGGCUUUUUCUCUUCUCUGAAUCAUUUCGAAGAGCCGAUGGAGUCAAGGCUGGAUGAGAUCCUUGGGAGACUAGAAUCUCUAUUCAACCAAAAAGACACCCUCGGUUUGAAAGAAUCUAGAGGAGAAAAGGCAUUUCUAAGACCCCCUGCAACUUCUUUGGUGGAUGAAUCCGGUGUUUAUGGCAGAGAUGAUGAAAAAGAAGCAAUACUGAAAUUGCUGGACCCCGAAUAUGCAAGUGAAAAUCAGAUGGAUUGGAUACCUAUUGUAGGUAUGGGCGGGAUUGGUAAAACCACCCUUGCACAAUUGAUCUACAAUGACGAGCGAGUGAAGGAAUGGUUUCCCCUCAGAGCAUGGGUGUGUGUUUCGGAGGAAUUUGAUGCUUUCAGGGUAACCAAAACUAUUCUUGAAGAGAUCAAUUGUAGCUGUGAUGGUAGUCAGAACUUAAAUCAGCUUCAACUUCAACUAAAGGAGAAGCUAUCUGGAAAGAAGUUCUUAUUUGUUUUAGACGAUGUUUGGCACAAGAGAUAUGUUGACUGGGAAGAAUUGAAAAGACCUUUUACUUCUGGGGCAAAAAAUAGCAAGAUUAUUGUAACAACACGUGACGAAAACGUUGCAUCAAUCUUGAGGAACGUUCGGACUUAUCAUCUUAAUUUCUUAUCUAAUGGUGAUUGUUGGCGACUGUUCGAAAAGCAUGCAUUUAUCAAUACAAGCCCAAGCAUGCAUCCGAAUUUGAAGGUAAUCGGUGAAGCAAUUGUCGAGAGAUGCAAAGGUCUUCCUUUAGCUGCAAAAGCACUCGGAGGUCUCCUGCGUUGUAAACUAGAUGCUGAUGAAUGGGAUAAAAUACUACGCAGCAAUUUGUGGGACCUACCAGAUGACGCAGGUACUAUUCUUCCGGCAUUAAGAUUGAGUUAUUAUUAUCUUCCUUCCCAUUUGAAGCGUUGCUUUGCAUACUGUUCAAUUUUUCCUAAAGAUUAUGAAUUCAAAAAGGAGGAACUCAUUCGAUUAUGGAUGGCUGAAGGUCUUUUACAAUUUUCCAGAGUAAAUGGCAAUGCGGAAGAACGAGGUAAUGAGUACUUCAAAGACUUAAUGUUGAGGUCAUUUUUUCAACAAUUAAGUGGGGAUAAAUCUUGCUUUGUCAUGCAUGAUCUAAUUAGUGACUUGGCAAAAUCUGUAGCUGGAGAAUUUUCUUGCAUAUUGGAUAUUAGCGGUGAUUCUAGUGAAAUAACUAGAAACACUCGUCAUUUGUCCUAUGUCCAAAAAAAAUAUGAUGUGCUUAAGAAAUUUGAGACGUUAUCCAAAGCAAAAGGUUUACGAACAUUCUUAACUUUAGAGUCAUCUUCAUGGCUUUGUUAUGUUACUGGCCACAUAAUGCAUGAUUUGAUAGUAAAAUUUAGAUACUUACGAGUAUUUUCUUUGGCUAAAUGUAAUAAUAUCAAUGAGUUGCCAGAAGAAAUUGAUAAUCUGAAGCUUUUACGAUAUUUGGAUCUCUCGAAAACUUCAGUUAAAAGGUUGCCCAACUCUUUGAGUACGUUGUACUAUUUGCAAACAUUACUAUUGUUUGGAUGUUUCUGCCUUGUUGAGUUGCCCAAAGACAUGAGAAGAUUGAUCAACUUGCACCAUCUCAAUAUUCGGGAAACAAAGUUAGUAAUGAUGCCACAAGGAAUGGGCAAAUUGAAAGAGCUUCGGACAUUAACAGAUUUUGUUUUAGGCAAUGGUUCAAGCGUUAACGAGUUGGGAAAGCUGGAGCAUUUAUGUGGAAGACUUGCUAUUUCAGGUUUGCAAAAUGUUGUCAGUGCAAGGGAUGCCAAAGAUGCCAAUUUGAAGAAUAAGAUGAACCUUAAGGAGUUGGAGUUGAUAUGGACUAGGGUUGAUCUUAUUGAUUAUGAUUCAAAGCAUGAUAGAGAAGUACUUGAACAACUGGAGCCUCAUACAAACUUGGAGCAUCUUGUCAUUAGGUUUUAUAGAGGUACAAGAUUUCCAGAAUGGGUGGGGCGUUCUUCAUUCUCAAAUGUAGUAUCUGUGGAGUUACGUGAUUGCAAAUAUUGCUUCUCCUUGCCACCGCUUGGGCAACUAUCAGCUUUGAAAUCUCUCUCAAUUAAAGGGUUUGCUAGAGUAGAAACAGUGGGUGAUGAGUUCUAUGGGAAUGGUCAUGCUUCCACUAAACCAUUUGGAUCUCUUGAAAUUCUAAGAUUUGAGGAUAUGCCAGAGUGGGAAGAAUGGUUUUGUUCGAGAGAUCAUGAAGCUUUCAAUGUUCUACAAGAGCUAAGCAUAAGAAAAUGUCCCAAGCUAACCAAGUCUCUGCCCAGGCACCUCUCUUUAUUAAGGAAGCUUGAGAUUAGAAAUUGUGAGAAGCUUGGAGGCAUGCUUCCAAGGGCACCAAGCAUUUGCCAACUUGAUGUAGAGAGAUGUGAUGGAUUGCAAUUGGACCCAUUGCCUUGUGGGCUUCGAAGGCUGGCAAUUUUCAAUUCGCAUAUGAAUGAUUCCAUAUUGGAGACGAUGAUGCAACACUGCACUUGUCUUGAAGAGUUAAUGAUGCAGGAUUGUUCUAAUAUCAGUUCCCUUCCUGAAGGUAGUCUGCCUAACACGCUAAAGACAUUGAGCAUCGAAAGUUGUCCUGUCUGGGAUUAUUCCAAAAUCCUCUUGUUUAAAUUUCUCGAAUCCUUGUGCAUUGAAGGCGGGUGUCAUCCACUGGAAUCCUUCCCAUUAGGAUCAUUCCCUAUGCUAGGUAGUGUUGAUAUUAAAUAUUGUGAAAACUUGAAGUGGAUUGGUGCAUUAGACGGGCCUCAUCACCAGCAUCUCGCAUGUCUCAAUUCUUUGAAGAUCUUUUUUUGCCCUAAUUUGAUAUCUUUUCAAAUUGAAGAGGGAUUAUCUGCCACCAAUUUAACAGCACUUACGCUUGCUGGUUGCAGGAAUUUAAAGUCAUUGCCAGAGCAUAUGCACUCCCUCUUCCCAUCCCUUGCGUUUUUGAGUGUAUUAUUUUGUCCAGAAAUAGAGUCAUUUCCAAGAGAUGGUUUGCCCUCUAAAUUAGAAACGAUUGAUAUGGCAAAAAGUGAUAGGCUGUUUGCAGGCAUGAUGAGGAGGGAAUGGAGUUUGCGAGCACUCCCUUCACUUACAACCUUCGAAAUCAGAGAUGCCAGACAGAUUGAGUGUUUUCCAGAUGAACAUCUGCUGCCCUCUUCUCUUACUCAUCUUGGGAUAGUGAAUCUUCCAAAUCUUAAGCUUUUGAAUGGCAAGGGCUUUCAACACCUCACCUCUCUCCGCGAAUUGUGGAUCGACGUAUGUCCGACACUCCAAUCCAUCGGGCCAAAUAAGCUCCCUGACUCUCUUUCUUGUCUAGUCAUUUGGGGGUGUCGUUUGCUGGGAAAACGUUGCAAAAAGAAGACAGGUGCAGAUUGGCCCAACAUUUCCCACAUUCCUAUCAUUAAAAUUGAGGAUGAAGUCAUUCUAUAGCUUCACUCAGAUACUUCAUCUAGUAUAUUCUUCUAUUGGUCUUCCACUAAAUGACCUACAAGGCUACAACAAAUCAAAUGUGAGUGAGGUUAGAAGACAAAGAAGAACUUGGUUUCAGAUAGAGAUUCUACACCGAGAGUGAAGAUGAACAAGAUGAGGAGAAAGUAUUUAACAGACAUGAAGGAGAAGAUCAUGGAAAUGUAUCUGAUGCUUUUGAUUCUUCUGCUCAGAACUGGCAGCAGAACAACCCCACUUCCUACUACACUUCAUGGCCUCAAAGUUACAGAAUUACCAGCAUGAAAGUUUUCAAUACAUCAAUGGCUUGGCAUCCAGCUCAGUGUAUUUUGUUUCAAAUUUGGAUUUCCUAGAGCUGCAAUGAAGAUGUGCUCAAAUUUCAACUCAAUAGAGAAAAAGGAUUUCAAUUCUUCUCUUGUACAGUUAUGAAAUCAGAGGCUCCAUAUUCUUUAGUUCAUGUCAGGAGCACUGUCUUCCUUAACAUAAUGAUUCAUUCAGUAUUUCAGUUCAAGGACUACUCAAACAACUUAGACAGCUGUUGAAAGAGUCCUACAGUUGAAGGUCUUACUGAGUAGUAACUGUGGAUCCUAACUUCCAUCGGAACAGGUUUAUCUGAAGACAAUGAAGAAUGUGGGGUCAUCCUCUCAUCUUGAAGAACUAUACUUAAAUAAGCUAAUUGAGGUCUUGUCCUUUCAAUGAGACUUGAGAAUAAUGAUUGGGGACAGUUUGUGGGUUAAUUUCCAGUUGCAGCAAUCUAUGAAUUUGAGUUGGUUGAAUUUGAUUCGCUGCCUCUUGAGGGAUUGUUUUGUCUGCACAAGGUGUAAAGUAGCAUUUUCCAUUUUUCCCUACUUAAUGUGGCUUUGGUUUAUUUGCAUCUUCUGGAACUUCUUUUACGUAGCAUGUAUUUGGUAUAUUGCAUAUACUGACCAUCGAUGUCACUUAUCUCUUGAUCUUUUACCAGGUUUUUUAUUCUUAUGUUCUUGCCAGAUUUGAGGCUUUUUGCAACCAUCUUGUUAGCGACUGUGAUUCACAAGCAUGGCUUCAACCUCAAUUUCUUAUAAUCUUUCUGAAGACUUGCUAGCCUGUUCUGUUCACAUUCAUCAUUUUAUUGUAAACUAAAAGGUUGAAGAAAGAGAAGCCGUAGUUUCAAAUAUGAGGUAAAACAGGUUCCGAUGGAGAAGAAGGUGCAAUAGGCAUCCAUUCUUUGAAGUAAGAAAGGCAAAGAUUGGCGUCAAGUACUUGCAUGACAAGCAUCAAUUCUUGUCAAAAUGGAGAAAAAUGUCAGUUUGUCCUGUUUCUUCACUUUACUAUGACGCCUUUUGUUUUUAAGGAAGCAACAAUGUGUUCUCAACUCUUAGGUCAGUGAAAAUUUUAAGCUAUUCACUUCUCUUGAAUGUUGCUUUUUGGUGGUCAUUUCAUAUCGCAGAAAGGGAUUUUAACGUUGCUUUGUUUCCAGCAAAUUAAGAAAAUUUUCUUUUCUUGUGGGUUCUAGAGGAGAGUGGAAAGAAUUUCACCCAGUUCUUCACAUACUCUUUUCGAAAAUCAACAGCCCUGUGAUGAAAUGAAAUAGACUCGGACAGUUCAUUUUUCCUUCUGCUUACAAGUUUUCAUUGAGGUUAUAUUGCUUGGUCAUUUCCAUUAUUUCACUAUCAAUGGUGACUGAAUUGCUUAGUUCUUUUUAAUACUGUUUUUAUAAGCAUUUUUUUAAUACUAUUUCUAUUGUCGUUUCAGAGCUUUUCAAGUUAUUGAGAUGUAUUAUUGAUCUUUGGACUUUGUAGAUCUUAGCUUCUGACAAAACUUGACAAAGGCAGGGUAACUUUGUGCUUUUUGUGGGUUUAUAAAGAUAUGCUCUUUGUUGUAUCUAAAGGAUAUCCUAUCUGGUAUACUCUUCUUUGGCUCUUCCACUAAAAGACCUAUAACAAAUCAAAUGCAGGUCACUUCUGCUUUCUGCAAUACAAAGUAUGGAGGUGCAAACUAGUGAAUAGUGAUCUUCAAUUGUUCUUCAUUACAUUCUAGGCUUCUGGUUGCUAUUUGAGAUUAUGCUCCAUGAAAAUUUCAAGCGGUCUACUAUUGUCGUCAGCAAGAGGAUGAAUGUCUUUGUAGCAAGUUCAUCUUAAAUUUUGAAUUGUCAAAGCAGCAUAGAGGAUGAUCUUACAUUGUUCAUACUCUUCAUAUCAGUUAAUGGUUGAAACACCAAUUUCAGUUUUUCGGAACUAUCAGAGAUCAAAAACAGACCCCAUUCCAAAGACCAUGCCAGGCAAGCCUUUUUCAAAUAUAAAGAGUGCUCUACCCGUUCAACAAAUGGGAGGGAGAGGAAGGUGUGGAAAAAGUCCUUUCCAAACGCAUUGUGCAUGCAGAAUUGAAACUGAACUGCUUGUGAUUGAAGUCGGAUGUCAAUUUUCUUCUGAACUUCAUACAAUUUCAUUUCUUUUGUUUGGAUAAUUGCAACAACUUCAUUUUUCUUUCCCUUUUUAAUUGUUAAUUUCUUGUUAACUUUUGGCUAAAUCGUCUGCCAAAGUACUUGACAUAGUUGGAGCUUUUAGGAACAAAUGAUACUAUCUGAUAUAUUAUCAUUUUUUUCAUCCAGAUGGACUUUCUGGGCUUUUUCCCAAAGUGAUUAAAGCUAUCGAUGGAGCAUGAUUUAAGUUGUUGGUCCUUUGAAUUUUGGGCAUCCUGUAACAAUUUCUCUUGAUUUGUGCAUGCAUUA